CUGGCCCAGGGGCCCGGGGGGGCGCUGGGGAACCGGCAUGCGGUGUACUGGAACAGCUCCAACCAGCACUUGCGGCGAGAGGGCUACACCGUGCAGGUGAACGUGAACGACUACCUGGACAUUUACUGCCCCCACUACAACAGCUCAGGGGUGGGCCCCGGAGCGGGCCCCGGGCCGGGCGGCGGGGAGCAGUACGUGCUCUACAUGGUGAGCCGCAGCGGCUACCGCACCUGCAACGCCAGCCAGGGCUUCAAGCGCUGGGAGUGCAACCGGCCGCACGCCCUCCAUAGCCCCAUCAAGUUCUCGGAGAAGUUCCAGCGCUACAGCGCCUUCUCGCUGGGCUACGAGUUCCACGCCGGCCACGAGUACUACUACAUCUCCACGCCCACCCACAACCUGCACUGGAAGUGUCUGAGGAUGAAGGUGUUCGUCUGCUGCGCCUCCACAUCGCACUCCGGGGAGAAGCCGGUCCCCACUCUCCCCCAGUUCACCAUGGGCCCCAAUGUGAGGAUCAACGUGCUGGAAGACUUUGAGGGAGAGAACCCCCAGGUGCCCAAGCUUGAGAAGAGCAUCAGCGGGACCAGCCCCAAGAGGGAACACCUGCCCCUGGCCGUGGGCAUCGCCUUCUUCCUCAUGACACUCUUGGCCUCCUAGCUCUGUCCCAUGCCUUGGUGGGGAGAGAUGGGGCGGGGCUGUGAACAAGCGAGGAGUCUUUGGCCUCUAACGGGAAGCCUAGCUGUGGGGCCUGCACCCCCUCCCAUGGCUGGAAGUGGGGUCCGCACCGUGCAUUGUGCCCACUCCCUCUGCCCCUCCCUCCGGAUAGGGCACUGUAGUGGACCAGGCACAGGGACAGUCAAAGGUCCCAGGUGACCUUGUGGCUCUGUAAUGUUUGGUACCAAAUUUGGGGCCAUAAAGGGCAGUUCUCAGGACGUCCUGCCCCCUGGUACCUUUCCCUGACCCCUGGCUCCCUCCCCUUUUGUCCCCCCAGAGAGACAAAAAUGCCCCAGAGAGCGCAAGCCAACGUGAAAGGUGCCCCGUCACUCUCCUCCAGGGACAGAACAUGGGGAGGGGACUAAAUGGGCAAGGGGGUAGCACUGCCCGCUGCCCCUUCCCCUGUUUACAGCAAUAAGCACGUCCCCCUCCCCCCACUCCUCCCACUUGCAGGAUUGUGGUUUGGAUCAAAUCCAAGUUUACAAGUAGACACCCCUAGGGAGGCAGGCCGUGGACGGGUGGCAGGGGUGGGCACUGGGGUGCCAGGCCGGCAUGUACAGACUCUAUAUCUCUAUAUAUAAUGUACAGACAGAGUCCCUCUCCCUCCCCAACCCCGGCCUCCCUUGACCCCCCCUUCCAGCUUCAGACCCCUUUCCCACCAGGCUAGGCCCCGCCGGGGACCCCCUGGCCCCUCUUUUGUCUUCCGUGAAGACAGCACCUAUGCAACGCACAGACACUUUUGGAGACCGUGAGACAACGACGCCCCUCCCUUCCAGCCCUGAGCCGGGAGCCAGAUCCCAGGACCUUGCCCUGCCCACCCCACGUGGUCCCCACCCAUCCUGGGCCUUUUUCAAGUGCUUUGGCUGUGACUUUCAUACUCUGCUCUUAGUCUAAAAAAAUAAACUGGAGAGAAAAAAUAA